UUAAACAUGGGUCAACAAAAGAAAUCCAUAAAAAAAAGUUUGAAUGACAUAUUAAUGCUUCAAUAUAAUUGUGCGAUGCUACAAAAUUAGGACUCUCGACUUUCCAAUGGUGAAAUAUGAGGACUCGAUACACUUUAAUUAUCUAAGGAUGGUGGAGGGACGACCGCGGACAGAUCUUCAAACGCGGCAAGAGAGGUCGGUGAAUCGCCGCCCCCAAUUUCAGGCAACCAUGGCCACCACCUCCACACCCACAUUGCCGGCAAAUCAGAAAGUUCAGGUAUUGCCGACUCUGACUGCACCGGCGACAAACCCAGCGACAGAAAGUGUGCCGCCUCAUCCACCAGUUAUUCAGACACCGAAAACCACCAAAGUAGUGCUCAAUCCAACGCCCAUCUCUUUCAUUACCCCACCAGAAGCCGAAAAGUCCACGAGGGAGCAUCCGACGAGAAAGAGGAAAUCUUUGGCUUUGCAGGCUCUUUUGCAGCACAUCGAAGAAUUGGAAAGCAGUCUUCUUCAGGCUCGCAAAGUCCAUUGGGAGUCAUCUUCCAUCCUGAGCCAAGCCAAAGGGCAAGUGACAGCCCUCCUUUCUUCCCAAAAAGGGAGAGAUUAUGCUGUUCUGAAGAUGCCGAUGGAGCAGGGGACAAGGACAAGGAGUCUUUGAGUCAGGGGGAGUUUGUUUUUUGAUGAUGGAUGGUUUAGAGUUUGUGUAGCUGUUCUCUUAAGCAUGCAAUUUUUAUUUUUAUUUUGAUUUUGGGUGUUGCUUGCUAUAAUGUUACAUCUGCAGGGGGAGAUCACAGCAAGGGAGCAAGGGGGAGCAGCUUGUUGUUUUGGUUUUGUGAAGAAAGGUAAAAAGGGGGAGUUUGUUAGCGUCGAUUAUUUUUAGAAUUUUGCUCUUUCUUCACAUUGUGUUUGUAGGAUAUGACCAAGUCAAGGGUUGGAAGUCUUGAAGCUUGAAACAAGGAAAGGAAGGAACGUUCUCAGUUGAGAGAAAGAAGGAGCAAGAGAAGAUAAGGAGAGAUAGGAGGAGGAGUUGUUGGAAGCUCCUAAAUUCAAAGGAAGGUGUGGACAAAGUGGAGUGAAUACAACAAACUUUCCAACGGCCACUUGUCCACUAUCAAAUCCCAUGACUUCAACCUUGGUAAUCAAGAUUCGAAUCUUAUAAAUACGAGGGUGAAGUCUCAGAUCAAGGCACGAACUCAGAGAGAAGAAAUCAAGCUUUUAGAGUGAUAUGUGUCGGAGUGCUGUUUCUUGUGUUAGGACAACAUUAGCUAUAACAUUCUUUGUUUUGUUGGAUUUCGGAGUAUAGCUCUUGAAUCCAGUUUGUGUUUGUUAGUGAGAGUGUCUAGAGUUUAAUACCUAGCUCAUUGUAAAGGUAUUGAACGUGAGUGUCAUUCUCCCUUUAGUCAUUUUGCCAUAAAAUUGUGUUCGUUUAUUUCCGCUGCAAA